UUAAGUCAAAGUGUAAUAUAUAGGUUCUUGAAAGCCAUGGCACUGCUGAAGAAUAUGUCUUCAGCUUUAAGAGUUUUGUCGGUCAGGCUUCAGCCCCUAUUGAUCAAUGCUGAAUCAAAUACAAGGCUUUUACUACAGUCAUCUCUCCAGUGUAAAUGUAGCAGAUUCAGUCAGCCAGCACAACUAGCAGGCUUUCACACAAGUAUACGUCGUCAAGAUCUAUCUGAAUUUCUCGAUGAGAGAAAACACUGGGCAGAAGAAAAAGUCAAAGUUGGUCGACCUUGGAAGAAGGAUGAGUUGCGAAUCAAGGGCAACGACGACCUCCACAAACUGUGGUACGUGUUGCUGAAGGAGAGGAACAUGCUGCUCACAAUGGAGGCUGAAUACAAGAGGCUGUGUACCCUGCUUCCAAGUCCAGAGAGGAUCGAUAAGGUCGAAGAAAGCAUGGAGAAUUUGCUAUCCGUAGUGAAAGAGAGGAAUGAAGCAUUCAACCUCCUAGAAACAGGGACAACGGGAGCCCCACGUGGCGGCUAUGUUCGCAACUUUCUCGGACUGAAAGGUUUCAAAAAGUUCCGUGAACACCCUUGGCCAAAAGAGUUUAACCCUACGUAUCGCUUGCUGCAUCCUCCGUACCGGAGCUCGAUGGGGAAGUACAUCAUGCUGUACAAGGAAAAGAUGAGGAGAGAGGAGAUGAAGAAGUUGCGGAGGGAGAGGCUGCAGAGGAAGAGGAUGCUGAAAGCGUUCCCACAUUUAGGGAAAAACUGAGAGCUAGACUUGUAGUUAGAUUUGAAUAAAUUGGCUUUAUGUUUGUCA